AUGACCGACGAUAGUGAAAACGGUCACUCAAGAAACGCAACUGAUAUUUAUACGGCGUCAGCCACUCAUCGAAGAGUCGAGGAUCUAGGCACCAGCUCCAAUCCUAUUGUUCUCGGCGCCUCUCCGCCUGAAACGCGGAUUAGCAGCGAAAUUCCAAGAGGAAGAGGGCAUUUUUCUACUCGAUCGUCUCGAAGAAAGUGUCCUCUAGGCGCAUAUGUUGAGAUUAUUGACGAAUCAAUACCUCCACGAGUGCCGAUUACUGUCUCGAGUAAUACUGUCACUACUAAUACGGCAGAAGAACCGAUGGAUCAAGCGUCUUCAAUGGAAACAACGGAAGAACAUAGUUCUUUUCUACAAGUUCCUGGCAACUUUGAGAUUCUUAUGAGAUGUUCAAUUUGCAUGGAAAUAUUUCAUAACCCAGCUACCGUCAGUCCAUGUAAUCACAAAUUCUGUUACUCUUGCUUAUUGUCAUGGAAAAGGACAAAUCAGACAGCUGUCUGCCCUCAGUGUCGUGGACCUAUUCAUUCAAUGCAGAAGGACGCGCAGUUCAACGAAGUCGUUCAGUCAUUCUUGCUUGCGAAUCCAUCUAAACGCCGCUCUUCAAGUGAGCUCGAAGCUCUCGAUGCAAUGGAAACUGAAUGUACGGAAUGGCAGAACGGAAAUCAACGAGGGCGUCGACGAGGUUCAGUACCGCAGCCGCGAAACCGAUCUGUGAGAGAUAGAACCGUCCGUACUCCUUUGCUAGUUCGCGUUAGCCAAAUUCGUGCUCAUCGGCCAGCGCAACGGCAGCGCGGUCAUCGGGGAGUUCUUGAGGACUGGUUUAACCUCUAG